UGCGUUUGUUGUUUCCGGUGGUUGUGUGUUGUGUGUUCGUCGGGUCUCGGCUCGGCUCGGCUCCGCUCGGCUCCGCUCGGCUCGGCUCGGCUCAGACCGGAGAGCAGCAGCAGCAGCAGCAGCAGAGAGGUAGCGGUAGUGAAGCUGUGUGGAGGGAAGAUGGCGGCUCCUGCUCUCUCCAGCGGGAACAGCCCGACCAGCAGCGGGAGGAUCCCUCACAGCGGAGGAGGGGGAGGAGGAGGAGGAGGAGGAGGACCGGAGCUGGACUUCAGGUCGGCGGCCCGCAUGGAGGACCUGAACCGGCUCAUCCAGGAGUUCAGCAAACACGACCAGCGGGAGUACGACGACCAGCGAGCUCUGGAGAUCCACACGGCCAAAGACUUCAUCUUCUCCAUGCUGGGAAUGGUCCAGAAGUUGGACCAGAAGCUGCCGGUGGCCAAUGAGUACCUCCUCCUGUCAGGAGGCGUCCGCGAGGGCGUGGUGGACAUGGACCUGGACGAGCUAAGCGUCUAUGCCCGCGGCACGGACUACGACAUGGACUUCACCCUGCUGGUCCCGGCGCUCAAACUCCACGACCGCAACCAGCCGGUGACCCUGGACAUGAGGCACUCGGCCCUGGGCCACUCCUGGCUCAGCCUCCGCCUCUUCGAUGAGGGAACCAUCAACAAGUGGAAGGACUGCUGCACCAUCGUCGACCACAUCAACGGCACCACCAACUACUUCUUCUCCCCGACGCUCGUGGCCGACUGGUUCUACCAGUCCAUCUCCCUGGUGCUGCUGGAGGUGCAGAAGAAGCCGCAGAGAGGGAUGCCGAGGGUGGAGAAGGUGGAGAGGAACGGCACCAUCAUCUCCGUCAUCCUGGGCGUCGGCAGCAGCCGGAUGCUCUACGACAUCGUCCCCGUGGUGUCCUUCAAGGGCUGGCCGGCCGUCGCUCAGAGCUGGCUGAUGGAGAACCACUUCUGGGACGGGAAGAUCACCGAGGAGGAGGUGAUCAGCGGCUUCUACCUCGUCCCCGCCUGCUCUUACAAAGGCCGCAAGGAGAACGAGUGGCGCCUGUCAUUCGCCCGCAGCGAGGUGCAGCUGAAGAAGUGCAUCUCAACCAGCCUGAUGCAGGCGUACCAGGCCUGUAAAGCCAUCAUCAUCAAGCUGCUGUCUCGGCCCAAAGCCAUCAGCCCUUACCACCUCCGCAGCAUCAUGCUGUGGGCCUGCGACCGCCUCCCCACCAACUACCUGGGCCAGGACGACUUCUCCGCCCACUUCCUGCUGGGCCUGAUCGACGACCUGCAGCACUGCCUCGUCAACAAGAUGUGUCCCAACUACUUCAUCCCGCAGUGCAACAUGCUGGAGCACCUGUCGGACGAGACGGCCGUGCUGCACGCCCGCAAACUCUCCUCGGUGCGCUCCGACCCGGCCGAGCACCUCCGCACCACCAUCGAGCACGCCAAGGCCGCCAACAGGUUGACGGUGGAACUGCAGUGGCGAGGCAGCGCCAACAACCUGCCGUCGCCGCAGUCCGACGCCGGCGGAGAGAAUCAGCCGGACGACCGGCUGGCCAAGAAGCUCCAGCAGCUGGUCACGGAGAACCCCGGGAAGUCCAUCUCAGUCUUCAUCAACCCGGACGACGUCACGCGACCGCACUUCCGCAUUGACGACAAGUUCUUCUGAGACUCUUCCUUCUCCUCCUCCUCCUCGCCUGGUGCCCCGCCUCCUCUGAAACUUUACAUUUUUUUAUGUUUCUCUGCCACAGAGUGAAGUGAGGUGAUCGUCUAGUUGUGUCUGCCACAAGUUUUUUAUUUUUUUAUUUUUAUUUUUCUAUUCCCCGUCCCCUCUCCUCCUCUCUCACUGUGUGCCCUGUGUUUUCUACCUGCUCAAUGCCUUUUAAAUAAUAGACAGCUGAAUAGCAGCAGGUUGUUUUUAAAUCUGAAGGAUGAGGCGG